GCUCUCCACCGGCAAUCUCCGUGAUCGCUGUGUCCUACGGACACAGCUGAUCACGUGAUGUGGUAAAAGGCCAAUCACAGCGGCCUUUUACCACGUGAUCAGCGGUGUCCAAUGACACGCUGAUCAGAGGGAAAUGCAAGUGCCGGGCACUGAUGAUCAGUGCCCUGAUGAUCGAUGCCCAGCAGUGCCACCCACAAGUUCCGCCCACCUGUGCCCAGCAGUGCGCCCACUAGCUCUGCCCACCUGUGCCCAGCAGUGUCACACACCUGUGCCCACCCACCUGUGCCCACCCACCAGUGCAGCCCAGCAGUGCUGCCAGUCAGUGCCACCAGUCAGUGCCCAGGGGUUGUGCCAGUCAGUGCCCAGCAGU